GUUUCAUCGUUCUCACGCGUCGAUUCCACAACUGGGUCUUCUUCAUUACAACCCAAAUCUCCAGCUAGAUCUCACCUUUGCAUGUGAACUGAUUUCGCGAGUUUGAUGAUAAAGUUUCAAUUUUUCUUUGUGGGUUGAUUUCAAAUUGUGAGAAAGAUUCAAGCUUUGUUGUCAAUGAUGCAGCAGCAAGAUCGGAUUGGUGAAGAAGUUGAUGAAACAGAUCUUGAGUCUUUAACAAGUAGUGUUCCUCGUAGAGACGCAUCACAUAGGUUUAGUUCUCAUCAAUUCUCAGGAAUGGUGAGACAAAGAGCUUAUAUAUUUGAUGGUGAUGGUAAAUACUAUAACAAAGAAUGGGAUCUUGCUGAAGGAACAGGGAAAGAGUUUUGUUGGUAUCAUGUUGAAUUACCUAAAGGAAAUCAGAAGCUUUCUCAAUCUGCUCAGCAUCUUAUUGAUGCUUUAUGUCCACCAUUGAAGCUUCAAGAUAUUCUUUCUCUUGUUAGUAAUGGACCCUUUUGUGGGCAUGUUGAUGGAGCGCUUGUGUUUAGAGUUAAUUCACCUGGUCCUGCUUCGAGUAGCUUUACGUUUAAGAUUGCUGCGAGGAUUACUGAGAAUUCUGUGAUCACUGUGUCAUUAGGACGAGUUCCUAGGUUAGGAUUCUCGCCUAUGGGUCAAUCGCUUCUCUCAGAAGUUCCUAGUGUGGAUUCUCCUUCGUAUUAUCGUGGUGAGAGGAAGGAAAGAAGUGGGAUUGUGAUUGAGGAGCAUGUUCUUGAAUUCUUGCUGACUAUGAACCAUUCUGAGGAAGCUGAUAACCCUGUUCCAACUUCUGUAUCGAAUCUUGUUGUGCAUAUUAUUGAUACACAUGUUGAUCAGCUUCAAGAUGUUGUUACUAAACUUGAGAUCGAAUUGGAUGCCGUGGAACUCGAAAUGGAUAGAGGUGGAUUUGCUAUGAAGAAGCAGAUGUUGGAUGAUAGAAGGUUCCCGAAAUUGCAUCUCAACUUGCAGCGUCUAUUGCAGGUGAUUGCACAUGGAGAACAAGUAUUUCCAAGAGUGAAAGAAAAAUGUUCCACGAAGCCUUGGUUUCUGGCAGAAGACAUCAACUCACUGGAAGAGUUGAUUGGGCGGUUAAGACGUUUAAAAGAGAAUGUAGGGUUCAUUGCGAACCGUGUGACUGCAAUCCAAGCUGGUUUGGAUAGCUGGCAAGCCGAACAAAUCAACCGAAAGCUCUAUUACCUCUCCUUUCUUUCCAUCAUAUUCCUUCCUCUAUCGAUUAUUACCGGAGUUUUUGGGAUGAAUGUUGGAGGAGUACCUUGGACAGGACAAGACAAACCGGAGCUAGGAGACGGAUUCAGAAAUGUGAUGUACAUCUGUUUGAUAAUGCUGAUUCUAGUGCUGUGCUGCUUCGGUUUUCCAGCGUUAUAUGGUCGGAUAGCUUCUUGGUGGAGAAUGAGAGAUAUGAAAAGAAGUUGGUCUCUUAACAGAAGAUCGUUCCAGAAGAGACCAAACAUAGUCCAAGAAAGAAGAGGCUACCUUAGGCUCUAAACCCUAAACACACUUCUUCUUUGAGUUCUUCAUUUGCUUUCUUUUUACGUUUCUUCAUUUGCAGACGCAUAUACUUCUUGUCUACUUGUAAUUCUUAUGAAAAAACUUUGGGUUCACAA